GGCAGCGAGCGACUGGGCACCGUACGCGGGUCCACCUGAGAUCAGUAGUAGUUUUAUUAAAACAACCGAUUGAAGAUUAUCUAAAGGUGCUGAAGAAAACUUCAAGCCUGGGACGCGCAACGCUAAGUACAGUUUGGGAUGCUUGCUACCAGAUGUAGACUAGACCAGGUAAUAUAAGACUCGCGGUUAUGGAAGACUGAAAAUGCAGACUGAAAGAAAUGCAAUUGUGACUCAAGCCCAGUUUGCGCAACAAUACAGAGAGUAUUUGGAGAAGAAUGGCUUCUUAGACACAACCAUCCGUCUCCAGAAGCAACCUGAUGGCUCAGUGGCAUUGCCUGUGCUUUGCAAUAAACUCAACCAACUCGACCAUCUCAACCUGUGUGACACCGUGGCUCCAGGAAGUACAUGCACUUUCACAUUGUUGAAGAAUCCAAUUUCAUCUAAGAAGGCUUUGGUAAAAUCGUGCCACCAAAGGCUGCGGGAAGAACUCUGUGCAUUAUUGAAAUGCCGUGGUGUUCUUUGGACUGAAGAACUCAGUCAUGAUGUACCUCAAGUGUGGAAGAGGCAUGGAGACAUGAUUGUUCUGAAUGAAAGUGCAUUCCAGGCAGAAAUCUGGAAAACUUUGGAGCCAGAAGUGUGGCACGUGGUUGCUAACGCAGUAGGCGUAAGACGCAUUGCAAAGGAAGGCAGAAUAUCUGCGGAUGGCUUUCGUACUCCAAGGGUGACUUUACUACUGGGAGACGAUGCUUGGGUCCAUCACGUUGACAAUGGCAUCAGGUACACAUUUGACAUUACCAAAUGCAUGUUCUCCUCUGGGAACAUCACAGAGAAGCUUCGUGUCAGCUCUUUUGACUGCAGAGGGGAGGUGGUUGUGGAUCUGUAUGCAGGAAUUGGAUAUUUUGCACUACCAUUUCUGGUGCACGCGGGCGCCGCAUAUGUCCAUGCCUGUGAGUGGAAUCCACAUGCACUUGAUGCACUAUUGAAGAACCUGGAACUAAAUAAAGUAUCAGAUCGCUGUAAGGUUCACAGUGGUGAUAACCAGCAGCUUCUUCUACGGAACCUGGCAGACCGAGUGAAUUUAGGUCUAAUUCCAAAUUCAGAAGAGGGAUGGCCUGUAGCUUGCAAACUGUUGAAAGAGGAUAGAGGAGGGAUUUUACAUAUCCAUAAUAAUGUCAGCUUGUUUCCUGUGAAGAGAGAUCCUCUUGUCAACAAGAAAAAUAACAAUGCACGUUCUCGCAAGGAACAACAACAGCAUCUAACAGAAAUGGAACUAGCUAGGAGCAACUCUGAGAUGACAUCUCCAGCAAGCACAUAUGCAUUACAAAGCAUUGCCAUUGAAGAGAACACACCUGAUUUGAGAUGGAAGGACAAUAAGUCACAAUUUGAAUCAAAUUGUGGGACCUGUUGUGAAAAGAAGCGAGUUACUAAUCCUGAAUGGCAAGUUUGGGCAGAAUCGACAGCAUUAAGAAUUAGGAAUAUACUGGAAACUCACCAUAAGAAGCCAUGGUCUACAAAUAUUUUACAUAUUGAGUAUGUGAAAUCUUAUGCCCCGUAUAUUGACCAUGUGGUACUGGAUUUGGAGUGUAGACCAUGUGAUAAUAAUUGAUGUGGUUCUUCACAUACAAAUAAUAUUUCAUGAAGGAUGCAAAUCUGAAAUCCUUAAAUAAAGUGUUUAAAGGUGUAGCCAAUCUUUAAAAGCAAA